GUUUUCUAUGAGCACAUCAGUAACCUGUCAAAGUUAGGGAAGGCCAAAAAAGAAAAUCAAGUUUUCACUUUAUUCCCCUUUUUUUACCUUAUUAAUUUUCGAUCGACAAUAAAAAUUCGGCAUAAGAAUAAGACUGCGGCGAAAAAACAAUCAUGGAUCCCCGAGACAAUGGGUCCCUGAUAGCCCUCGAGCAACUCAUGGAGGAAUUCUUCAAUCCCUUAACGAAUAACAGUAGAAAACAAGAAAUUGAGCAGCAACUUAACUACUUCAAAUCUCUGCAGCACCUGUGGAAAUAUUGCUUCCAUUUCUUGUCGAAUACCUCCAAUCAGUAUGUAAAAAUGUUCGCCUUAUCAUCUUUAGAGACUGUGAUUAAUCAACAAUGGACUAAUAUCGAGUGGUCUGCGAAGGAAGAAAUAAAAAAUUUACUCCAGAACUACUUAGUGGAACAAGGGCCUAUGUCCCCUCAUUUUUUCAGAUACAAAUAUUCUAAAUUAAUCAUCGAUAUAGCCAAACACGACUGGCCCGUUAGGUAUCCAAAUUUCUUCAAUAACAUCCUCGAGUUAUUAAGAAACGAGCCGAAUCAAUUAAUAGGCUUGACUCUAUUAAAAACGACCAGCGAGGAAUUCAUGAGUAUACAAGCGACUUACAAAUCUAACAUUAGAAAAGAAGAAAUUAAAAGACUGUUGCACCAGUACAUUCCUGUUGUUUUCGAAUUACUAACUAACAUUUUAGACAAUCUAGGCACGAAACCGAGACACACUUCCACUGCCACUCCGCCUCCAUCACCGGCUCAUCCCUCAUCAUCACCCACGCUGUCUCAGAGCCUGGUGACCGCCUCUUUCAGGCCCGACCCGAAAACCUUGACCAAAGAAGCCUUAGAAACCGUACAGCAUCUGUUUUCUUGGGCCCCUGUGCAAAGAAUACCAUCGCAAAUAAUCAAAGCGAUUUUCACGUUUACCAACGUCUCUUCAUACUCACAGGAUGAUGAUGAUAUGUGUGUACUGGCCAUGUCUACUAUAAACGAGCUGCUUUAUCGGAAAUGCACUCCGCCUAACACGCAAGAUUUUUAUUACCAAUUGUACCAUCACACUGUUGAUUUGCUGAAGGAAAUUACGAGUUCUCCGAAUAGGAUAGAUUCUUUGGAUCCUGUAUUUAUUGAUAAACUAUCGGAGUUGUUAAUUCUCCUGAUCGCGCACUUUUGGAGAUUGGAAACCGUACCGGAUUUCUCGGCUUUGGAAUUGCUGUCGCCUUUGUUCCAAUUGACCUUGCAAUUGGUCUCCGUGAAAUCGUAUUUGUGCUGUUUGAACGUUUGGGCGACUUUCGCCAAGCAAAUCAAAACGCAAAACGAUCGAAAGUAUUCCGAUGUGUUCUUGACUUUGGUCACCACCUUACUGAAGAAGAUCCAAUUCACCUACAACUUCAAUCAGUUGAAUUUGCUAGAUGAUAAUCAGGUAGACGAAAAUGAUGAGACGGAAUGGCAGGCGUUUUUGAGAACAACGAUUGAAGUUAUUGCGGUAAUUGCUGAAUAUACACCGGCAGAAACGUUCGGUUUAGUUCUCUCCUCGUGGAAAGUUUCCUACGAUAUUUUCCGUAGUUUAGAACAAUCUCUAGAUUAUCAAAAUCCUUCGUUAAAACUGGAUGUAUCGGAGACCGAGAGACUGUCGUACGUUUUUAAGGAUUUUUCAUCGCUCACUCAAGCACUCACUAGAUUGUCCUCUAUUUACGUGGAUCAUUGCCAAUCGCCCAUUCCCGUUCUCAACAGCAUCGUAGAGAAACUACUAGAAUGCGCCUCUCUGUUCAACGAGACUAAACUGUUCGAUUUCAUCAUCAGGGAGGGAGAUACAAGACUUAAAUCGUCGUUCAUAGAAUUGCACAGUCAACUAUUGUGCGGCAUAAAAACCCUUCUGCCGUGGACCACUCAGAAGAACAGCAUAAACAAUUACAUCAUGACGGCCAUCUUGGACAUCACUCUACCAGUGCUGCGCAAUCAGAACACGCUAUCGUCUAAAAUAAAACUAUCAGCGGCCCAUCUUCUGCUGCGUUUCACCGACAUCGUGCACGCCCCUCUGCUGCUAGCGGCGCCAUCGGUGGUGCAAUUCAUACAAGUCGCGCCGAACUUGACGUUCUGUGAUAAGCAAACGGUUUGCGUGGUGAACAGCUCGGUGACGAAUUUGCUGUUGAAGCCCUGGGGGGAAUUGAGCCAAGAGGAUUCCAAUCGCAGGACUUCGAUGAUCGACGCGUUCUUCGAGAACCUCACGAAGGAUUUCAGGAGCCUGGAUUACCACCUGGAUUUCAGGAGCUGUCGCGAAGACAGGACGCUCCAAGUGGUCGAGAACACCCUGCCCUCUUUGUCUGUGAUAGUCGAACGGUGCAAACAUUACCCGAUAGCCUCGAAGAAAUUGCUAACCGCCAUACUGAAGCCUACGAUACAGCACGGGUUGUAUCUCUUCCCCGUGUUUAGCAGCAAAUACGCCUACAAAGAGGCCUGCGAUCACCUUUUGACGUUUUUCUUGAACGUGAUGGGGGUGAUUCAACAGCAAUUGGGGGAGGAAGAAACCAAGAAUGCUGUUGGGGUGUUCAUGCAUGUGACGAUGAAUGAAAGGCAGAACUAUUCGUUAUGCGGAUUGGAUAAAUUGUUGCAAAUCCUGCAGCUAAUCAUCGAAGCUCCGGGUAAUGGUUACAAAACGUUUCUACCGAGUGUUCUGCAAUUAAGCAUGGAAAAUAUUUAUCCGGUGGUUGUGUUGCAAGGAAGAGAUACGCCUGAAGUUUUUGUCGCUUUGUUAUCGCUAUUGUACAGUAUUUUGCUUCACCGUUGGCAGUAUUUCUACGUUUCGCAAGUGAAGCUGGGCUAUUCGCCCGGUUGCAGCGAUACCGAUCAAGGCAUCGAGCAUCCGCAGAAGCCCGAACAAUUGUUGGCUGUGUUACAGGUUUUCGGACAGGCUUUGCUGCAAGAAGAUUUGAACGUUUUCCACCUAAGUCUGGCCGCUUUGGAAGAGCUGAACUCCAAAUGGAAAUUGUACCAUAAGAUGCUGUUCCGUCAACAGCUUCUGUGCGAGUUCCUGACGGUGCUGCUAAAUUGCCUGUUGGAUAAAUCGCAGAAUUCCCUAUCGGACGAUAUCCAAUUGGCCGUGUACAAUAUGGCGGCUGUGAAUUUCGAGGAUUUUUACGCGACAUUCCUGAGGAAAUUUGUGUGCUGUAUGGCCGGCGUAACGGACGAGCAACGUAACGCUUUGUUAACCAAUUUCCAUCACAAUUGCGACACCGAUAUGCCCACGUUUGUGCGUAAUUUGCAAUGUUUCGUGAACGAGUCUCGUCAGUACAGAAUGUGCAAUGUAAGUUAUUCGAUGAAUGGAUGUUAGAUAAUUCUUCAUUAAGAUAUGAUGAGUGUAAUUGUGCAAAUUCGACGCGCGUAAGCGAGUAGGUAUUGGGAAAAAAGUACUAAGAAACGUAAGAUGUAGAUCUCAGUUUGGUAAACCGAUAAGGUUAUAUGUAUAAAGAAUGUUUUAUUUGAUCGAAUUUAAUUUCUUAUUAAAGUGUAGUACUUCUUGAAGGCUUUAAUGAGCCCGUAGAGGUACAAAUAUUAGGUAAUUAUUUUGAAAAAGGGUUAUUUAUUUCUUUUUUUGUUCUAAAUUUGUAAGAAUUUAGUAAUUUAUUAAUAGUAUUAUUAUGUUUAAAGAGUAUUAGUUCUCGUAAUUCCAAUGGACUUUUUAAAUUACCGAUGCAUCAUGAAAAUAUUUUAAGACAUGCGUAAUUAUUAAUUGUUGUAAAUAAUCGACGUACUCUUAAUAUUACAUUUUUAAUGUAAAUUCUAUUUGUACAGACUGUUGUGUACUUGUACUUUUUAUAUGUUCAUACUUUCAAAUGCUCAAUAAAA